CUGGAGUUCUGAGGAGCUGGUUAGUACUGGUACUGUAUCACUUCCUCUCAAAAAGGGUUUCAUGUCCCUCAUCCACACUGACCUAUGAGAAUGCGGAAUAGGUCAUGCAAACACUUCUGCGGGCAUAUGAAGCCAAGAUGAAACUGCACGGGCACUGUUAUGACAUUUCUGCGUACUCCCCCCUCUGUCUUUCUUUCUCGCUCUCUCUGUCUCAAUAUCGUUCUGUCUAUCUCUCUUUAAUCCCGAGCCCUCUAUCUCCCUAUUUCUCUGAAAGAUUGUGUGGUUUGCUCAUAAAGUAAGAAAGCUUCCGGUAUCUGUGAACACCAUGACCAUUAACCACUCAACCAGCAGCAGCCUGAAAACACAGGCUCCAAAACCACCACCAGACCCCAACCACACCUCAUCGUCUAACGCUCAAGCUGAGUGAAGGGGUAUUUUCAGAGAGCAACUAUAGAAUGUGACUUCCUUUUCAACUAACAUACAGUAAAAAUGAAAUAGAACAGCAGCCCUCAAAAGUAAGUCUCUUGUCUUUCUUCUCUCUAUCUUCUCUGUGUGUUUUGGUUAGUCAACUGCUAGCUGUCAGUGCCAGUGAUAAGAACAUACAGCCGGAGAAAACAGUCAACGCCUUACAGAGAUGUCUGCUGGUCCCUUCUUCUCCAAACACGGAAUACUACUUCUUCUCGGCUCCAUCUUCCAAUAUGGUGUAGGUGUUCCUCUGAUCAUCAACAAGAGAGUGGGGGACUCCGUGGAGCUGCUGGCAGGCUUAGAGACGGGACAUUUCAAAUCCUUGGAGUGGAAGUAUAUGGGAAAGGAUAUUGCAGAAUUCAAUUCAGAUGUUGUAUAUUCACCUGCAUCCCAGUUUGAGGGGAGACUAAAGAUGAACACCAAAAACUACAGUUUAACAGUCAGAGAACUGACACUGCAAGACUCUGGGGAUUUUCUACUUACAGGUGAAGAGGACAAAGGUCAGAUUGACAGUAAGACCAUCACUCUGAAGGUCCACGAGCCUAUAUCCAAGGUGGUGAUCCAGUCAGACAUCAAGCUCUUGGCCAACCACUCCUGUAUGGUGCUGCUGGUGUGCAAUGUGUCCUCCUACCCCAACAUUAGCUACACCUGGGAGAGAGACAAUGAGAUCUACGGGGAUGGCCAGCAGAUUCACUUCUCUCUCUCACCAGCAGAGAGAGACAUCAGUGUAAAGUGCAACGCCUCCAACCUAGUCAGUUGGAAAAUUGCCUCUGCGACAGUAAAGUGUAGUAAUGACACAACCACCCCAGGACUGGCGUGGUAUACCAUGUACAUCGGAAUAUCAGUAGGAGGCGCUGUGGUGCUGAUCCUCACUGUAGCUGUGGCAGUGUGCUACUGCAGGGGCCGAAGUAACACAGAAGAUCAAACUGAUAACGCAAUAUAUGCUGAUAUUAUGGACAACACAAGAAGUAGAGAUACAAGAUCAAACAGUCAUCUAAACCCAAUAUCCAUCUAUGAAACUGUCAAUGAUCUGGUUAUCCCAAGAUUGAACAAGCCACAGACUCUGUAUGACAAGAUCGCGUUUGGACGCCCAGAAGGCCCCCAGUCUCCCUACCAGAAUGUACUGUGAACUGAACAGGAUGUGGUCAUAGGUUGGGCCUUCCAUAGAUAUGUAACCCUCUGAAUCCUCUGCAACUUACACGUGUAUAUUCUGUAGAUAGGCCUAGAUGUUACUGUUAAAUUUCAUCACAAACUACACUAUCUCCUUCUCCCUUUGAUGAUUCUCAUAUAUACAGUAUAUCUUAAGGCCUUAUAUGUUCCUUUGAAGGCCUAGAUACAAUUAGAAGAUUCGGAAAUGUGUAAUAGGUAGUAGAAGGCGUGGUAAUCAGACAAGCUCAUGUCAAAUCUCUAUUUUCUAGAUGAAAGACAAUUGUUUUAGAUAGAAAAAAAAAUAGUAGGACAUUGAUUAGUGAGGUUGAUUUAUGCCUGUGUACUCUUUUGCGUUAUUAUUAUGUGCUCGCCAGGCAUCAAUGAGGUUGUAAUCAGAGAGUAUAUGCUCUAGAGCCUUGGUUGCGUGUUGAUUGUAGAUGGUCUUAUUUGAUUUGUCAGCAUUUCCAAAAUGGCAUUCAUGUCUGUCCCAAUUACCAGAUGUAAUUCAGUUCAUUCUAAAAACAAAUAUGCUGUUCAGAGAAAAACAAAUAAUUAUACCCAAUUUGCAUGCCUUGAGUGCCUUGCAUUUAGAGUGAAUUGUAAUUAACUCUCAUGACUGUAUUUGUUAGCGAAAGAGACAUGAUUGCUGUAUUGAAUGUUUUCAGUACUGUAGCCUUCACCAAGUGAAUGUCUAAGUGGAUAUGUUAUCUUUAAAAUUAAACUCAUCAUGACAACACAUUACAUAUAUCAUAAAGCCCCUGAGGGCCUAGUUACACCCUAACACACUGGUCUGAAACUCCUGGUUUAGUCAAAUUAUGUCGGCUUGCAAAGGGAUGUGUCAUUUCUAUUGGAAUCCAGCCAGAGUUAGGAUAUCCAACCAUUUAAACUUUCAGUCACACGCAACCUGCAUUCAGAAUGACUGUUGGGGUAGGGAAGAUUGAUUUUGAGAAUUUCUAAAUCAUAUAAACUGGAACAAACAGAUCAGUAAUGGGUGAAAUAAGUCCAACUACUAACAGGUUGGAAUAGUUGAGAAAAAUCGAUGUUAUCUAUGUUUGUGUAGCAUAAGAUUCAUCAACCAGUCAUAGUAAAUAUAAAAUAAAAUCAAAUUGAUUAAUAUAGCCCUUAUUACAUCAGCUGAUAUCUCAAAGUGCUGUACAGAAACCUAAAACCCCAAACAGCCUAAAACCCCAAACAGCAAGCAAUGCAGGUGUAGAAGCACGGGGGCUAGGAAAAACUCGCAAGAAAGGCCAAAACCUAGGAAGAAACCUAGAGAGUAACCAGGCUAUGAGGGGUGGCCAGUCCUCUUCUAGCUGUGCCGGGUGGAGAUUAUAACAGAACAUGGCCAAGAUGUUCAAAUGUUCAUAAAUGACCAGCAUGGUCAAAUAAUAAUAAUCACAGUAGUUGUCGAGGUUGCAACAGGUCAGCACCUCAAGAGUAAAUGUCAGUUGGCUUUUCAUAGCGGAUCAUUCAGAGUGUCUCUAGAGAGUUGAAAACAGCAGGCCUGGGACAGGUAGCACAUCCGGUGAACAGGUCAGGGUUCCAUAGCCGCAGGCAGAAAAGUUGAAACUGGAGCAGCAGCACGGCCAGGUGGACUGGGGACAGCAAGGAGUCAUCAUGCCAGGUAGUCCUGAGGCAUGGUCCUAGGGCUCAAGUCCUCAGAGAGAGAGAGAAAGAAACAAAGAGAGAAUUAGAGAGAGCAUACUUUAAGUCACACAGGACACCAGAUAAGACAGGAGAAAUACUCCAUAACAGACUGACCCUAGCCCCCCGACACAAACUACUGCAGCAUAAAUACUGGAGGCUGAGACAGGAGGGGUCAGGAGACACUGUGGACCCAUCCGAUGAUACCACCAGACAGGGCCAAACAGGCAGGAUAUAACCCCACCCACUUUGCCAAAGCACAGCCCCCACACCAAUACAAAAGGUAUUGAAACAAACCGUUGUGAAAAUCAAUCUGCAAGAGUUCAUGCUGGAAUAAUGAUAAUGAUGAUGAUUGGUGUCGUUUUGAGUUGUUUUGAGCAAACAUUAAUUAUGUAUUUUACUCAACAAGCUUGUUCAAAUACAACUGACUUCAAGCAGAGUUUGUUGAUUUAACACAUUGGCUCAAAGUCUUGUCAUUUUUAAGUCCACUCAACUUGCAUAAUAAUGCUAAUUAAGCAAUUGGUUAAGUUUGACUUUUUCCAGUGCAAAGUGUAUGAAAUUAAAAGCCCGAGGAACCUCACAUUAGGUCACUUGUUUGUCAUAGUUAAGGGGUCAUGGUUUGCUCUCUUCAUCUUUAGCAGUGUGCGUUUGUGAAGGAAGGCACUCAGUGAAGAUGUCUUUUCCCGCUGUGAUCAGAGAGUCAAAUAGAGAAAUGGUUGUAAUCAUAUGCAAAAAACUGUGAAAACCUUGUUGCUGGGCUGUUGAGUACACAUGUAAAGUUGUGCAGGGAUUCGUCCUUUUCAGAAAGAAGAAUGACAAUGUUCCUGCAUCAAACAUUUUCUGUAGUUCACUUGUUAAUUCCUCUCUUUUACAUUCAAUCUAUCACUGUGAUCACUACUUUCCUGGGUUAUUACUUCGAACAGUUGACAGACUGUAACUCAAGAACAUCUACAUGCAGUUGACCUCCAAAUAGCUACGACAUAAACCAAAUGAUAAACAUGCCAUGACCUCAAACCUUUGACACCUCUCUGAGUGACAUUAAAGAUUGUACUGAAAAUGUCAACAUGACCAGGUAUGGUAAAUGCAAUAUUGACUUCACUUUUUGUACAACUAUGUCUUAUCCACUAAGUUUCUUUCUCUGAUAUAUACUAUAGUUCUCUCUUCCUCCCACAGAAAGACCACAGUGUUGAUGUGUCCAUUUACUUUUACAGUAAGAGGAAGUGGUGUAGAGAUGAACAUGACAUAAGAUGCUAUUUUUUCUGUUUCUCUUCAUGCACCUUUCUAAUUGUGUCAAAGCCCCAUUCGUGUCACAGACGCAGGAACUGUCGGGGUCCGGAGGACUUGCCAGAGGCUUAGAAUGGAGUACACUUUAUGUGCAACUCUGCGAUGGUGAUGAUUCAUGUAUUUCUCUGUAUUUUGAAUAUUGUUAGCUAACUAUUUCCUUUAUUGGACAAGAAAAAGUUUCAUUCAUAGAACAUGAAGUAUGUCAUAUAUGCACAAUAAAUGUGGCA